GAUUCCUAUAAACGAAUUCGUGCCGUGACUGCUAGACAAAACCGACAACAUCGAAAACGAUGUUUAGAGAACAAGAAAAUUUCACAUGCAUCAAAGUUGACUACUUCUAAUGUUUCGCAAGUUUUACACGAUUCAAACAUGUUUACUAUUCAAGCUAAGCAUAACAGAAACUUGAGAAAGCAACAUUUAGAUUCCAGGAAAUUUAAUGCAACGUCUACGAAUUCCAUUGAUGUUGGAAAGGGUAAACGCAAGUUAUCAUCUUCCAGUCAAUUUACAUUUUUUGUCGACCAGAACGAGCAUGUAGGCCCACAUAUUUCUGUGGAUUGUCAAAAAAAAAAAACGACUUGCUAACAACACGUCAAAUAUAAUUCGUUCAAGCCCAUUAUCAGACAUAACUAAUGGUGUUACAAAGGGUAAAGAGAAGGUAUCAACAUACACUAAUUUACCAUUAAAAAAUGCUACUCAUGAAGAGAAUAGUUUUCAGCGGACGUCUCUUAGAUUGCAACAAAAAACUAUUCAAAAUAAGAGGCUUAAUACAAAUCAAUCAACUCCAUUAUCAAGCAUCACUAACGUCUAUGCUACUUUUGAUAACAACAUCGCGACACCACCAUCGUUUACUUCCAAUCUGAUUGAAAGCAUCUCUAUUUCUACCGUCAAUAAUGACUCUUUAUUGACCAACCGGCACUCCACUAAGCGGAAGUUCAAUCCCGUUGGUUUGGAUAUUCCUCAAUUUCCUACAGAUGAAUUGAACUCAGAGGAUGAAGAAGUAAUUAAAGGAAUCUCUAAAGAUUACUUGGAUCAUCUUGAUCAGGAUAAUGUAUGUCAAAUAUGUAAAGCUAAAUUAUGGAAAGCUGAAGCUAUUAGAGGUCAAAAAGAUGAAAAAUGUUUUUCUCUUUGUUGCGGUUAUGGAAAAGUUGAGCUUCCUCCGUACAAACAACCUCCUACAAGUUAUUUACAGCUAUUUGUUGGUGGUGAUAAGAAAAGCAAUUACUUCUUAAAGAACAGUCGACGUCUUAAUUCAAUGUUCUCCUUUACCUCGAUGGGUGGCAAGAUUGAUAAAUCAAUUAAUAAAGGAAGGGGCCCAAACAUUUUUAGAAUAAGUGGUCAAAAUUGUCAUUUAAUGGGAAGUUUGCUUCCUCAAGAUGGUUCUAAGCCAAAGUUCUCUCAACUUUACAUCUAUGAUACUGAUAAUGAAAUAUCAAACAGACAGAAUGUUUUCGGUGUUACUUCAAAUAAAUCUCAAGUUGAUGAAGCCAUUGAUGUGGAGCUUAUACAACAAAUUAAAGACAUGCUGGAUUUAGAAAAUCCUUUUGUCAAGAUUUACAGGAUGGCUAAAAAUUGUUUUCAGGAAGACCCUCAUGUGAAUCUUAAGUUACAGCUUAUUGGUAAAAGAGAUAAAGACGGGAGGACAUACAACAUUCCGUCAUGUUCUGAAGUAGCAGCAUUAAUUGUCGGAGACAUUACCGAUUGUGUAGACAGACGUGAUAUUAUUGUUCACACACAAACAGGCAAUCUUAUACGUAUUAGUGAACUGCAUCCGUCUUAUCUUCCUCUUCAGUAUCCUUUGCUUUUUCCUUUUGGAGAUGAUGGUUAUCGCGUUGAUAUCCCACAUCGAGAGUUGCCUCCUGACAAAAAGAAACCCAAGAAGCGUAACUUGUGUACAAUGAGGGAGUUUUUUUUUCAUACAGAAUUCAAGACAGGGAAGGAUGUUUUUCACUUAUUCAUAAUUCAAGAAGGCUAUUCCAACAGUUCUUAGUGGAUGCUUACACAAUGAUCGAAAGUGA